AAACCACAACACUGGUCAUGUAAUGAAUGCUGCUCUGUCUUCCCCGAAAUCAACCCAUACAACCCGACUACGCUGUGUAUGUGAAUAAGUCUUUAGAAUUGGUUUCAGUGCUAAAAUUAAACAGCCCUCGUUUUGAUCUGUUUGAGACAGAAGGAAGGAAGGAAGAAAGAAAGGAAGUGACAAUAACAAGGUGCAUCUGACUGCAUUCUGCACUAGAUCUUCAUCUCACUUAUCAGUGUUGCUCUGCGUUCUGAUGAGCACCUGGCUGAAGGUGGUUUCUUCCAUGCGCUCUAUUUCUAGCAGCAUUCCACAACAUCGACUGGAGUCCAGCUCACCUUAACAGCACAUGAAGGACAAAAUGGGACUUGAUUAAAAUAAAGUGCCGCUGACUGUUAUUCAAACUUGCCCAAGGAAUGCAUGGAGCUGCCACACUUGUCCACUUAUGGAAAAAAAUAUGUCCUCUUCUGACAAUUGCACAAACUCUAAUCACCAGUCAAAUGCUGCUAGUCUGGACAAUAUCCAUUACAUUCUCAUCUGCAUCUCUGCUUUCACCAUUCUCAUCACAAUUUUGUUCGCCAUCCUGUGCUUCAAAAAAUAUCAAUCCCUAAAUAGGACCAUACAGCAGCUUAGACAGGGAAAGCCCAUGACUGUUUCUUCCCAGGAUUCCCCUCCUCUGAAUCCAGCUUCCCCUCAGUCAGUUUUGCUGAUGCCACCAUUAGACAGUUCAUCCGAAUCACGGCUACAAAAAAGCAGACAGAGUGUUCGAUUGCUGUGGAGGCCAUCACAACAGAACCCGCGGGUGACGAGGACAGACCUCAACCUGAUACAGCUGAUCAAAGCUGGGAGGGAAGGCGCGUUUUACAAAGCGAGGAUGUUGCGGGGGACCUGUAAAGGUCAUUCACUUGUCACCUGCAAAAUUGCAAAAGAAGGAGUCACUUCAAAGCAAAUGGAGACUGAAGUGUCUAUUAUGAGGAAACUGGUGUAUCAUAAGAAUGUGCUUCAGCUGCUCGACUGGAACACUGCUGAGGAGCCGUUCGUGUUGAUCAUGGAGUUUGUGAGUUAUGGGACCCUGCGCAGCUUUGUGCAGACACAUCAAGACAAGCUGAGUGCCGACCCGGAGAUCCAGAACCUGUUUGCUAUCGCCUCCUAUCACAUCGCUCUGGCCAUGGAACACUUACGCUCCAAAAUGGUGGUACACUGUGACCUUGCUCUAAGGAAUAUUCUGGUGAGCCGUUUCCCCUGGGAAAUCAAAGUGGCUGAGUUUGGUCUGGCCAGAGACUUGACGCGUAUGAGAAGUAGACGCAGCACAAGGAAAAAGCAACACAGGGAGCGAGUGCCCUUGCGCUGGUAUCCUCCUGAAUAUUUUCGUAACAGCUACUACAGCUUCAAGGGGGAUGUGUGGGCUUUCGGUGUCGUGCUUUGGGAAAUGCAGACAUUUGGGAGUCUGCCUUAUCCCAAUCUGGAGACAUCAGAUCAAGUGGUGUACCACAUUUGUGCUGGAGCUAGAAACGUAGGCCCUGACAGCUGCCGGCCAGAGAUACUGCAGAUAAUGAAGGACUGCUGGUUGGAGCCUUAUACAGCCAGACCCUCCUUUAAUGAUCUUGUGCGAAUCUUGGAGAGUAUAAUUGAGAAUGAUUCGGACUAUGUGGAUGUUGUGGACCAGAGAUCUAUGAGUGCAGCAGAAGACUGAAUAGUCAACAUCAUAGACAAGUUCGAGUCCAAAUGCAUACUGAAAAGGAGUCACCUGAUUGCACUAAUGGUUUUACUUUGUUCACUUGUGCUAGACGUGUUUGAUAACACUUUGGCUGUAUGUCAAACACACACUUCUCACCGAACAAUCAUGCAGGUUGAAGCUUUGCUGCACAGACUUUUUGUUUAUGGCUGUUUUUACACUUGGUCCAUUUUAACAUUCCAUGUGAUCUCAAAUUGAUGGGCCCAUUUUUUGCCUCCGUGAACACAACUAAUGAACUCUGGCCUCUUUAAAAUGGCCCACUUGUGAACUGUACUCGACUGGCUCGAGAGUUCUACUUAGUUAGGUUCACGGUCUACUUGAUUUAUAUAUUGUGAAAACAAACUAGUCCCAGUCUGUUUUGUAUUUGUUUUAUGACUAAAGGGUUUGGUCUAUGCUGUGCAUAUGUAGCAACUUUCUCUCACCUCACAGAUAAUACUUUAAUGAAUCUCAUUGUGGACCCCAAAGGCCUUCAGUGUCCUUCGGUGUCCUACCUGAAUCAAUCCACCUCUUGACAUUAUUAUUAUGAUUUGACAGCUAUAGAAUCAAUCAAUCUUAUAGAGAACUGCAGUAUAACAGAGAGCUGCAUCACAGACAGGUAUCUCAUGCAAUGAGCAAGAAUGCCAUUAUUUAAGAAAUAAACCCAAUGAACACAAUUCAACAAGUUUCCUUUCACUGCAGCC